AUGUCCACUUCUUCUACGCCAUCACAUUCACCAUCGCCUUUUACGCCCAGAUCCACCCCCACCUUUUCCUACCGAAUCGGGGCAUCAUUCUCUGCCAAAGGACGCCGCUUCGAUCCUAAGACGGACGUUUUCACCUUCAAUACCCAGACGCAGAUUACCUCCGAGCAAGACGUUUUCACGGGGCGGCCAAACAGCGGCCAGGAUGCUUUCUUCGUAAGCAAGGCGGGCAACAGCAGUAACGUGGCAUUUGGUGUGGCCGAUGGAGUGGGCGGCUGGGCUGAUCAGGGGAUUGACUCCGCCGACUUCUCCCAUGGACUGUGUCAAGGGAUGGCUAGGAUCGCCGGAGAACUACAUUCGCCGGACAAGAAAGAUCUUUGGCCUCAAUAUAUCCUUGGUAAUGCCUAUCAGGAGAUACUUCGGGAGGGCAAGAUCGGUGGUGGUGGGAGCACGGCAUGUUUAGCUACUGGGGAUGAAGACGGAAAUUUGAAAGUGGCUAACCUUGGCGACUCGGGGUUCAUACAAUUUCGCCUGAAUGCUGUCCACCACUUCUCGAACCCUCAGACACACGCGUUCAAUACACCUUUCCAGCUCUCUGUGAUACCGCCAAAGAUACUCGCUCUCUCGCGGCUUUUCGGUGGGAAGCAAUUGAGCGAUUCCCCUGAGGACUCGAACGAUACGAGUCAUGAAGUACGUCAUGGCGACGUCUUGAUGUUUGCUACUGACGGUGUCUGGGACAAUCUGAGCACACGCGAGCUGCUGAAAAUUGUGAGCCGGCAAAUGACUGGAUGUCAUGCUUGGGAGACUGGGGAGAAAGGCACGACUGUAUCCGAAAUGAUACAUGAUCUCACACAGGAUGGUGGGAUUCCCAAGCAAUAUGAGAACAACUUACAGGCAUUAUUGGCAGUCAACGUUGUUGGGGAAGCUAAAGCUGUCAGUAUGAACACCAAGCGAGAUGGUCCUUUCGCCAAGGAGGUCCAAAAAUUCUACCCACAUGAGAACUAUCACGGCGGAAAGGUUGAUGACAUUUGUGUCAUCGUAGCGAUCGUGGUCCGAAAUAAGUAA